GUGAGAUGGGUUCAAGCCCGACAGCGGUGAGUUGAGCAGCCGCAGCCUGCAGCUGAUGCCGUUUCACUGUAGAUAUCCAGAGAAUCUGCGGAGAUUGGGUCGAGCAUUAAGUGGACACAUACUGAGCCUCCUUUUGUCUGGACAGUGGGGGAGAAACGAAACAUAACGGGGAGGCUCCAUGUCGUUACAAGAACUCCCGGGCUCGUUUGGAGUCAUGUUCCCUGCGUUCUCUCUGCCGAUGAAAGCGGAGCGCAGUCGAAAUAAGGAGCGGUUGGAGGCCAGUCUGGCCGGCCUGUGUGAGCUGGAGCUGCUGAAGCAGAGGCAGGAAUGCAGGGUGCUGAGCGCUCUCUGCCUCGGGGACGUUCCUCUCUCUGGGCGUCCGCCUUGGGGAGCGCUACGGUCGGCCCGCUGCGCACUGGACGCACCGAGCAGCAACGCAUCGGAUGAAAAUGGCUUCAGGCUCCAGAAUAGCAGUCUCCAGGCUUCUUCUCCCGCGGGUGUUAGGUCAUCUUUGGAACAGCAGGUGGCGGAGCUGAAGGUGAACACUGAGGUCAGAUCAACAGAACCGCCCACGGAUCUGGAGAGCAAGAGAUUCAGCUCAGGAGAGGUCCAGGUGAGUUGCCAACAUCGAUCUCCUGAACCAAACUACCUGCGUUCCCUCUCCACCACUGUGGGGACAGGGGAGACAGAGACGAGAGAAUCCUGGCAGUCGGACACAACGAGACAAGCUAUGGUUACCGAUGCCUUUGGGGAGGUGAGGGACGUGGAGCUCGGUCAAGAGAAUCAACAACAAACUCAAAAAGUAGAGACUUAUCUGUUCGGAUUGAUCCAACGCCGAGCUCUACCGCCACGCCCCACCAAGCCCCGCACCAGCCUGGCUCACGAUACCCGAGCUGUCACUGUGGCGAGACAGAGUAGUUUAUGUCGCAAGGAGGACCAUCAUUCACCACCAAAGCAGGUGUCCACUCAGCUGAGCUCAUCUCCACCCGUGUGUCCAGACAGGACUGCUCCACAGGCUUGCCACAACCCAGAUCAGGAGCGUUAUCUGGGGAUAGAGUUUAACGAAGAUCCUCCACCCCCGUACCACCACAUUCAAAGUGUCCAUCAUCAGACAGGGUUUUAUCACAAGCCCAGACAGGCCUCAGGGGUUAGCACCUCCCGUUCAGCCUCCCCAGACUAUCCAUCCUGUGGUGUGCAACAAACCCAGCAAGACUCCAGCAAUAGUGAGAAUGAUUCACCACAACAUUUCCACAACUACCAUCCCCACCCAGCUCAGUCAAAGCCUCAGCAUCCCACCACUCCUGAUGAACAGCUGGUAAACGCAGAAUAUAUUCCCGCCCAGCCUUGCCAUGCCUCCACCAGAGCUUAUGCCCACCAACACUCCAACCCCCACAAGGGAUCUGGCGCACCCAAACCCAACAGAAGUGCGUUUCCGCCAGAAAGAGGCAAUAAUCACGAAGAGCAGCAGCCAACCGCGUCUCAGAUCCAACCCUCCAGAUGCCGAGGGGGUCCAAAGAAGUGUCGUAUGAAUGAAGAGAGGAGUAGUGCCAGUAGGAAGCCGGGGAAGAAGGCAUGUCGCUCUCAGUCAGAAAACAGUCUGCAAAGGGUUCCAGAGCGCAAGUACAACACAGUCGAGAGAGAUGGUGGAGGAAGUGGAAGCGGAGGGAGGGGAAGCCGCAGUAGUCAGUCCAAGAGCAAGAAACAACAGCCGGGGAGUGGUAGCUACCGGCGCUGGCAGUCCUCCCUCGAGCUGAGCCAAGAUGAAGCUGAGCAGCAACCCAUGCAGGCACCUGUUCAAGGCUCCUCAGCUUCAAACCAAAGGGACCAAAGGCGCACGCGGAAAUCCCGUUCCACGCAGCCGUCGUACGCUUACCCGCACCGCAGCCAAAAUCACCACCAUCACCACUCCCACCAUCAUCAGCAUAUGGAGUACCACUUAGAGAGGGAUCAAGUGCCACUGUGUAAGCCCAGUGUAGACUACCAUCAUCAAGGCCAGGGCGAGUCGGAGUCGAGCAUGAGCGAGGCCGACUCUCCAGAUUCCAGCUCCACGUCCAGUGACUCAGAUGAGAGCGGCGGUCUGGUCUGGCCCCAACAACUGCCCCCUCAACUGUCCCUCCCAUCACCUCCUGCUCCGCCUGGAGCUCCUCUUCAGCCCAAAGCUUUUGUCAAGAUUAAAGCCUCGCACGCCCUUAAGAAGAAGAUCCUACGCUUCCGCACCGGAUCGCUGAAAGUUAUGACCACUGUAUAAAGUGGAAUAAUGGCCAAAUUGAAGAAACAAACUGUGAAUAUGAAACAAACAAAUAAGAUGUUGACAUGGCAGUGCUAUGGUGGCAUAUCAGCACAUUGUUAUUACAAUAUCAGCCAUCAAAGAUUUGUAGUCAAACUGCUUUAUCUUUUAGAUAAGUUAAGUUUAAUCGGUUAAGUUGCUAAAAGGUUAGCCCGCUCUAAUUUGCUCACAUUGACUCCAAAAUGUCUAUUCACACACCACGGUUAGAUAAUCAGAUUGCUAACGAGACUGACAGCUCACGGACAAUCGUUCCUAGUCGGCACAUGAUUGGCAGUUGCAAAGUGUGAACUAUCCAAGGUCACGACGUGAAAAUGCGCCAAAGAUCCCAGACAGCGCUACGACGGUUAGAAGUUCAGUGGUCAACCCAUCGAUAUGAAAACCAAAUUAAGUCUGGUUUUUGCGCUUCUUGUGUCAUAAAGUGCGAACGUGUCGCCUACAUCUCCAGUUACACUACAUGUUUCAAAGUAUUAGCCAAGGAUAAAAGGAGGAUUGUCACACCAGAGAGCUUAAGAGCGCUCCACUGUUUAAAAUUAGCCGCCGAAAACAUAACAAAGUGAAACCAUUUGUUAUUACAGCUGUCAACAUCAGAGCACGGACACACUGUGACGGCAGUGAGGGAAUGUUAUAAAGCGUUAUAAAGCCUUGCCAAAGACUUUAUGUGGGAGUUGGGUGACAGGAUGUGAGAGCCGUGGAGAUGGACUAAGAGAAUAUUGGACAGUUGGAGAUGUUCACCUCAAUGGUAAAGCAACUGCCAUGAAGUUUCCUUGCCAAACCAUGUGAAUAGAGUGGUAUAAUCUAAGAAAGUAAACAUUUUUGCUAAAGGUCUUGACAUGGUGAGGAUAUGGACAACAGAGUUCACCUCGUAGUUUUGCUUCAUAGUCUUAUUUUAGUUAUUUAUUUUGAAUUUAGUUGAUUUUGUUUUUCAACGUUGUGUUAAGCAGACUCAAUUCUGAGGUUGUCACACACACAGAACAUGUGUUAUUAACCAUGCAGCCACAAAAACUCGCCAACAGUAUUCUUAUAGAGUUGAAGCAGACUCAGUUCAAGCUUUGAUAGAGCUUUCACAGCAGCCCAGUGAACUAUAUUAACCUGGUAAACACACACACACAGUCUUGGCUCAAAGUGUUUAUGAUUUCCAUAAGACAGAAAUGCAAUAUAUGCAAACGACGAUAGAGGCUGGAUAAAGUGAAGACUGGGGAGGCUUGUUUUGGCCCCAUUCAAUAACAACCCUGGGCGGUGAUCCUCAGCUCUGAACUCAGCUCUAGAAAAAAAAAAUCAAUCCAAGUUUUCUUCAUCACAACAUUCCAAUGAAAGGGAAGGUGUGUUUGUUUUGGGGGAAAAAAGGCUGGCUAGCAUCUUUAGCCUAAAAUAGGUGUUGCCAAAGAGCUGCAGAACACCUGAUGUUAGCUUAGAGGUUUUGGUGAGUGUGGCCGCAGUCGCACCCAAAGACAGUUUCGAGGUCUAUAUCUCUACCAUUCACUGCGUUGCGUUUUCUAUUUUGCAAAACGCACAGUCUGAAUUCUGCAAACUUUCCAAACUUUCACAAGUGGAACUCUAAAACUCAGAAUUUCUACAUGGAAAAUUGUGUCAGGACAUCCAAAAAGUCAGAGCGCAAAGAAAUUCGAAGGCGGUGAAUAUGACGCAGGUGUGUUGAAAUGAGCUAUAACUCUGUUUGAACGCUGCCUUUUUUUCACAGGGUCCAGUGGUUGUGAUGGUACAGCUGAGGCUCAGUAACGAAACUCACUGAUAUCUCUACUUAAGUACUAUAUAAGGUAUUAAAUAAAGUAAUAUUUGUUUUUCUGGCACCUUGUCAGGCUGAAUGUUGAGUAUUGGACUUUAAAAUAACAAAGUGUCUUUUUUUGCGCCGAUGACACGCAGGACAUGACGUGACAGGUCUGCACUACUAAUACCUUUUGUUCCUGUCUGCAGAGGAAAGAACGAUACACUUCUCUACAGGACAAGUGUACUUUGUGCUGUAGAGAAGGAAUAAAUCCCAGUGUGUUCUACUGAAAUCUUACAUUUUUAAUCAAUCAUACAGUCAUGUAGCAGUGUGUUUUGUUGAACUCUCUUGGCAGCGCAUUACAAGACCGUUGGAUUCAUGUUUGAAUUCUUUGUCGAGAAUUCUUUGUCAACUUACCCUGCAUGUUUAAAAAAUAAUCACUGGGAUGUCAAAGAAGGAUCCUUUGUGUCUUAGUCCACCCCAUGCUGCUUGUUUUCCUCCCUCCUGUUCUUAUAUGCGCUCUCUUCUCUCUCUUCAUCAUAUGCUCAUUGGAAACACAUUGUUGAAACUGCGAUUUUUGCCUGCAAUGCAACAUGUUUUUCUCAUCAGACUUCAGCUGUUCAAUGUUUUAUGGGCGGAUGCAAAUGUACGAUCGCGACUUCAGACGAUAAAAGGGAGGAGAUGUGAAGGAGAGGAUUGUUAGUGAGCGUACAAAGUGCCUGCAAAUUUGCGGUUGAGAUAAAUCUCGCUGGAUGAAGAAUUGACGUUCAAUCUAAAGGAGUAUUUGUCGUGUACCGUUGCAGCAGACGCAAACCAGUGGCUUGCUUUACAACAAUCUUGAAGGAUUUUAUAUAAAAUAUCACAUUAUA